UUCACAUCAAAUUAUCAGUUUAUACUUUAUACAGUUUAUUGACUUCUGUUGUACAAAAAAUCAAAAAUAUCACAUACACGACAUGCAAACAACUCAUCUGAAUUAUUAAAAUACUGAAGGUGUGCUUCCCACGAAUAAUCAUCACAUUUAUUUUCGACCCCCAGUAUAUAAACUACUCGCAGACAUCUCUCGACCAUAUCAAACAAAAUCAAACCCAAUAAAAAAAAGGCAAGAUAAUGAAGUCGGCCGUGAUCUCAGUCUUCGUCCUCGUGAUUCUCGUGGCCUGGCAAGUAUCGGCUGGCAAAGACUUACCGGAGGAGGGAGGAUACGGAGGCGACGAGGAAGAGGACACAAAGUCAUGGUUUCCUUUGGACAAUCUAUUAUCGUUGAGUUAUUAUGAUAAGAUUUGUCCAAAUUUUGAGAAAAUCGUUGAUAGCAAAGUCAGGGAAUGGACAAAGACUGAUCCGUCCCUUGGGCCAGCCCUCCUACGCCUUCUCUUCCACGAUUGCGGCGUCACGGGAUGCGAUGCAUCUAUUCUUCUAGACCACAAAGGAGCGGAGAGAAGAUCUCCAGCAAGCAAAACCCUAAGAGGCUUCGAGCUAAUCGACGAUAUCAAGUCUGAGAUCGAGAAAGCCUGCCCCGGUCUAGUCUCAUGUGCCGACAUCCUAACCGCAGCUAGCCGCAGCGCCACCUACCAACUAGGUGGUCCUUACUGGCCCAACGCCUACGGACGUCGUGACUCCAAAGACUCUUACGCUAGAGACGCCGAGAAAGUCCCCUCAGGCCGCCGUGACAUCACCGCCCUUCUCGAGACGUUUCAGUCUUACGGACUCAACGUUCUCGACCUUGUCGUCCUUUCCGGAGCCCACACCAUCGGAAAAGCCUACUGUGGAACCAUCCAGUCGAGGCUCUACAACUUCAACGCCACCCAUGGAACUGAUCCGUCCAUUGACACCAAAUACGCAGAUUUCUUGCGCCGCAAGUGUCGUUGGGCCUCGGAGACGGUUUACCUAGACGCCACGACUCCGGUGGUAUUCGAUAAUCAGUAUUACAUUAAUCUUCAGAAGAAUAUGGGAGUUUUGACGACUGAUGCGGAGCUUGCGAAGGACCCGAGGACCGCUCCGCUUGUAAAAGCUUUCGCGGAGCAGCCGCCUCAGAUGUUCAGACAUCAGUUUGCUGUGUCGAUGGCUAAGCUGGUCAAUGUCGGUGUCAUCACCGGUGAAGACCGUAUUGGAGAGAUCCGGAGGGUUUGCAGCAAAUCUAACUCCAAACGUUACUGAUUUUUUUUUUCCAAAAAAAAUCGGUGCUGAGUUUAUAACAGAAUCUUGCUUGACAAAUAAUUUCUUGUUUUGUUUCAAUUUUAAUUUUGUGAUACGUUGUCUGAACAAGAAAAACAUGUGAAUCUUGAUCUAUACUAAGAUUUUGUGAUAAGUUAUCAGAGGUUUGUACGUCUGCUUUAUAUUUGAUACUUUAUCACGAUUUUACCAAAUCCAACAUGAUAAAAACGUUAUAAAGGUUUACAAGAUUGAUUGAAAACUAAAACGAUGGCUU